AUGGCUGAAGUCGCACCAGCUCCCGCCUUGGCCGCCGCCGCCCCCGCGCCGGCCAAGGCUCCCAAAAAGAAAGCAGCAAGCAAGCCCCAGAAAUCGAGCCCUAGCGUUGGAGAAUCGAUCGUCAAGGCCGUGUCCGCCUCCAAGGAGAGGAGCGGAGUGUCUCUCGCCGCUCUGAAGAAAGCUCUGGCGGCCGGCGGCUACGAUGUGGAGAAGAACAACUCCCGCGUCAAGCUGGCACUCAAGAGCCUGGUGACCAAGGGGACCCUGUUGCAGACCAAAGGAACCGGCGCCUCUGGCUCUUUCAAGCUCAACAAAAAGCAAGCCGAGGCUGCGAAAAAGAAGCCUGCAAAGAAAGCGGCUCCUAAAGCGAAGAAGCCGGCCGCCAAGAAGCCCGCCGCCGCCAAGAAGUCACCGAGGAAGGCGAAAAAGCCCGCAACACCCAAGAAGGCCACGAAGCCGGCAGCAGCCAAGAAGCCGACCAAGACUCCAAAGAAAGCCAAGGCAGCCAAGCCCAAGGUGGCCAAACCCAAGACCGCCAAAGCAAAGAAAGCGGCUCCCAAGAAGAAGUGA